UACAGAAUCAUGACAGGAUUGUUAGAAACCUUCCCAGGCGGCUACGGCUGCUAGGAUUCUCUCCACCCGCCUUGGCAGGAGACAGCUGGGACAGCGUUACAGCUCCAUCUCCCAUUGGUGGCGGCUCCAAACCUUCUCCGCCCCCUUCAGCCCACACCAGGAGCCUGUGGGUUCCAGCCGCUAUCCAGGAGAGGUCUCUCUGAGCUAUCCCUGUGCUCAGACAUCGCUCUCCAGCCCUCAGCAGCCGAUGACCCUGAAGACCACAAAGGGACCGGGAGAAAUUGAUGCACUGGGCAAAGCUGCACUCAGGGGUCCCACUCAUUUUUUUCUUCUCAACUGGAGAAGAGGGUCCACGAAAGCCACCGAAAGAAGCGCCAAAGGGAGGUUGCAGUUUGGAAAAAGGACCAGGGUGGCGCGAUUUAGACUUCCUGCGGUACACUGCACGAAGUGCCCCUCUUAUUCACUACCUACCCACAGUCCAUGCAACCACAAGCGCAUCCCCUGCCCAGGAGCCCAAGUCCCUGAACAAUGGAAGUCUCUAACCUCUCAGGCGCCACUCCUGGCAUCGCCUUUGCCCCGGGGCUGGAGAGCUGCAGUGACAGCCCAAUUUCAGGCAGGGGCUUGGGAUCCACCCCAGGUGGGCUCAUCUUGCCAGGCCCGCCCUUCUCUGUCUUCACCGUGCUCGUGGUGACUCUCUUGGUGUUGCUGAUCGCUGCCACUUUCGUAUGGAAUCUGCUAGUUCUGGUGACCAUCCUGCGCGUCCGCACCUUCCACCGCGUGCCACAUAACUUGGUGGCCUCGACAGCCGUCUCGGACGUGCUUGUGGCGGCCCUGGUGAUGCCACUGAGCCUGGUAAGCGAGUUGUCGGCUGGGCGACGUUGGCAGCUGGGCAGGAGUCUGUGCCACGUGUGGAUCUCCUUCGACGUGUUGUGCUGUACGGCCAGCAUCUGGAACGUGGCGGCCAUCGCCCUGGACCGCUACUGGACCAUCACGCGUCACCUCCAGUACACGCUGCGCACCCGGCGCCGCGCUUCGGCGCUCAUGAUCGGGGUCACCUGGGCACUGUCCGCGCUCAUCGCGCUGGCCCCGCUUCUCUUUGGCUGGGGCGAAGCCUAUGAUGCUCGGCUGCAGCGUUGCCAGGUGAGCCAGGAGCCCUCCUAUGCAGUCUUCUCCACCUGCGGAGCCUUCUACCUGCCUCUGGCGGUGGUACUCUUCGUCUACUGGAAGAUAUACAAAGCCGCCAAGUUUCGCUUCGGCCGCAGACGGAGGGCUGUGGUGCCUUUGCCUGCCACCAUGCAAGCAAAGGAGGCACCUCAGGAGGCCGAGAUGGUAUUCACGGCACGUUGCAGGGCCACGGUGACCUUCCAGACAAGUGGAGACUCAUGGCGGGAGCAGAAGGAGAAGCGAGCAGCCAUGAUGGUGGGGAUCUUGAUUGGCGUCUUUGCGCUGUGUUGGAUCCCGUUCUUCCUCACGGAGCUCAUCAGCCCGUUCUGUGCCUGUAGCCUGCCACCCAUCUGGAAAAGCAUAUUCCUGUGGCUCGGGUAUUCCAAUUCCUUCUUCAACCCCUUGAUUUACACAGCUUUUAAUAAGAACUACAACAAUGCCUUCAAGAGCCUCUUCACUAAGCAGAGAUAAGAAGGGCUGGGAGACACAAGGGAAGACCAAGGAAGAGCAAGAGGAUUUGUAAUUCAUCAGAGACCUGGGGGAGUUCUCUCCACUGCACACUAAUGACAUUUUGAAAGUUCUACCAUUGGGCCUGGAAUGUGGAAGAGUUCCUAUGAAGGAUGGCAACUGUUUGGCAGACAGACUCAUGCCUUUUACAGAAGGACAUGACAGACAUUACUAGUGGACUGUGGUACAUGUCUGUACAUGUGGUACAGAAACCCCACCAAACCCAUACAGGAUGUAGUUUAGGUAUUACUGAUAACUCAUUAGACCUGACACGUGGCAAAGCUGAUUUGCUUUUGUUUUAUUUAAUAUUCUGUUCCUCAGGUAGGGUCUCUCAGGGCUCUCCUGAGACUGUCUCCCUGACAUAGCUUCUCCUUUACCCUUUAUCCACCAGAGGGGUUUACCUUUAUUAGCUUCCUACACAUCCUCAACAAGGCAAUGAUUCUUAGUUUGGGAACACGCACCUCACCUGAAGCCUUGUUAAAAAGUGUUCCAUGCAGGUAUCUUCAAGAUGGCUCAGUGGAUAAAGGCAUUUGCUGCCAAGCCUGGUGACCUGUUUUUGAGCCUUGAGACCCAUCUGACCUCCACAUAUGUGCCAGCAGCCCUCCCCUUCAUGUGCAUACAAAAUAAAUGAUACAUACAAUUUAAAAAUAGAAAAUGUGUUCAGCAAUUCACAUGGACCAACCCAGACUCUCAUAGAGGUCUGGUGGCCUAGUGUUGUGGUGUCUCAGUGGUUUUUCUGUUUUGUUUUUGUUGUUACUAUUUUGAGACAGGGCCUC